UGGGUCAGUCACGACUGCUUCACGUGUCGUUCCCACUGCUCGUUGCCCCGCUUUGUUGUUGUUUUGUUUAUCGCAUCCAUGACAGCUGAUACAAGCAACGCAGCAGGAUCCAUGAUUGUCUUCCAGACUUCGACAGCUUGCGAUGGACUCAGAGACGUCAUCUUCUCGCGACCCCCGUCUGGCUCGCCAUUUCAGACCAACGCUUGCCCGCACAUCAUCUGAGUCUCACCUACGAGUCGGUGCACAGCAGUCAAGCACCUCUUCUCCCAUUGAAAGGAGUAUCUCCAGUUCUGAUCAAUUGAUCCGCGGUGUCUCCGACUUAGUGCAAGCUGCAUACUUAGUUGCCAAUGGUCAGGUAGAGAGAGAACGGCUACAAAAGAAAAAGGAGGCCACCGCGACAUUAUGUACGAAGGCCAAAGGCUACACAAGCUUCCCCUCAACCGUAGCCUUCUUCCAAAAGUCUCAGGCAGAUGAGGAUGCAGAGCUUACACGUGUGGACGAGGUCCUGAAAAAGCAUGCUGCCAACUAUAAGCAGCUGGAAAAUGCUUUGCGGCUCACACUCACCGCGUCCAUCUUCGACACCAGCAAGUCUGAUCAGAUAACUAACCUACAGCGCGAUGUCCAGGCCACAAAGAGCGAACUGGGCAGCGCCAGAACUGAGAUUACCAAGUUGCGUGACCAUAACAUGGCCUUGGAGCACGAAGUGCAAGAGCUUCAAGAGCGCAUGUCUCGGACGGAGAGAACUUUCUCGGAUCAUACGAGCACUUUGAAAAGGCAUGCAAAGACAAAUCAGGAUACGGGUGAGCGCGUUGCGGUACUCAACAGCGAAGUGGAUAAGAGCUUGAAAUCUCUGGUUCACAAAGACCAGGUGGACAAAUUGGAAUGCGUGAUCUCUGGUAUGCACAGUAAACUCGAGUCCGUACAAAUCCAAAACAGCCGCAACAUAGAAGAGUAUCAGGACUUGUUGGACAAUAUGCGUCAAGACAGUGACGUCAAGUUCGACCGCUUACUCGCAGACCAACUGACACAUUAUGAUUCUCGUUUGAAUGUAGUGGAGAACAAGCUUGCGCAGGCUCAAGCUCCUGCUAAGAGCACUGGCUUUGAUUUCGCUGUUCGAUCUGAACAGGCCGAGUUGAAAACCCAGCUCCACAACGUUAUCCAGCAGAUGGACAAACUUCAAUCAUUACAGGCUAUGAAAGAUGAUCUACAAAUGUCCGAAAUGGAAGAGCUCAAGAGUCAAUUGGAACAAACUAGCAAAGACUUUGCCGCACUCAAAAACGAUUAUAGCCAACUCAGUGAAACGCUUAAGACUGUUCUCAACCGAGACAGCCCAAGCGCACAUGAACAAGUUGCAGCACUGGAGACAAAGAUACAAACUACACAGAGGAAUAUGGAGAGUGUUCACGUCGGUCUACAUUCACUUGGGACACGCUACAACCACCUUUCAACGGGUCCUCUUGUUAAAAGUAUGACGCAAGUCAUGCAAGAAAUGUACCCCAGCGCAGCACAGAUGUUCGAUAAGGUGAAUGUGUUUACAGCUCGUUUUGAGCAUCGUUUAACCCAACUGGAUGAGAAGCUGGGGAGUUUGGAGCAAGGCCUCGUCGCCCAAUCAGGCAAUAUGGUGACAGUACAGAACCAAGUAGUUCCGCAGAUUGAGAACUUGAAUAAUCAAGUUAAGGUUGUGUCACAGUCGCUGAUGCUUAUCAAGAAUCCAUCCAAUGGACAGAUUUCAAGCACAGCAAUCUCGGCAGAUCAGCUCACAGAAGUCCGAAAUGAAGUCAAAGAGCUUGCGUCGACAAUAAACAACUAUAUUGACUCAAGGAAGACAGAUGAUGAAGCAUUGCUUCAAAAUAUGGCCGAAGAAAGAGAUGCCCUAAAAGCCCAAAUCCAGGUUUUGACCGAUGAGCUUGCGGGUCUAAGCGCACGUGUCACUCAACUCAGUGAAACCACCAGAGCUGAUAUGAAAAAGGUCCAGUCUUAUGUUCGGGACUUUCAGCGUCAGGGAUAUGAUAUUCGCCAGAUUGAGGCUACGCUCAACAAAUGGGAAGAUAUGGCUGAAAGAAUUGAGAAACGUGAAGAGUCUAGGAACCCAACCGUAACUACUUCAAAAGCAUUUGAUAACGACAACGUACCUCAGCCCCGAUUACCUGUCGCACCAACUUUAUCGCGAGGCUCUGACAACUCAGGAAAUUCGGCGCAAAAAAAGAAGCGACCUCGAAUAUCAGCAGUUUCUGACUGUGAAAGAGGAAGCCAGUCACGCGCCAGCUCACUUGCCUCUUUCUCAUCGCAGGGUGUGCUAGAGUCAACACCGAACCCUGACGGUCAGAACGCACCCAAAAAGCCCAAGAAGAAACGCAAGAGACUGACCGAGGAACCUAUUGUCCUGGACUAAAUCUCAGAAGCCAAGCAAUGCUUUACUAUCAUGGUCCGAGGACAGCUAUCAGCUCGUUAGCAUAUGAUGAAUCUCAUGAACGCAGCCUCGACCAGAAAUUUUGAUUUUCGCUGGAUACCUCUCGGGUUUGAUUCUCUCUUUAUUAUCAUUUUUUGUUAUUUACUUCCCUUCCUCGUUUCGUGUUUUGGUUUCUCCCUAAAAGCCAAGCUCAUUCCCUUUCUUCUGUAUCUAUUCUUAGGUCCCGGUCGAGCAAGACUCUGGGCUGUUCUAUCUAAUGUUGACACAAUGCACAGUACGAAGGCAACGGAUGUUUGUACAGCACAUGCGCAUUGACUUUCCCCCAGACUACUCUUGCUCGGGCUUUCCUUUAACAUGGUAAACAGGAUUGAUAUAAAGAAUAAAUCC